UUCUUCGGCCACAACCCGGAUCGGCUCUUCUCCGAAGUUGAAAUGGUGCUCAGAACUCCAACUUGUGAGGAGUCGGGAGCUGUCCCAAGCUCGACACGAGAGUUUGGAGCAAACAUUAUGCUCCCAGAGAUUUCCGUAACUUGACUUGUUUCUACUCCGAAGCGGUUCGUGACACUGACGCCUCGCGCCCGGACGCUUUCUAUGAGAUGAGAAAAAAAGUCAGCUUCCGCAUCGGGAUGUGUCCGCCAGAAGAGAACAUCCUGAUCAGUUGCACUUCCACGAAUGAUGGCAAGGGCCUUGCCCCAUUCAAGUACGCGCAGCCCAUGCUGCUGCCUAAGGUCCGACCGAAGAGAUCACGGCCUGGAACGCUCAAGAAACGAUACAAUGUCAUGGUGUUGGGAAUCGACGCCCUGUCACGACUGAACUUCCUGAGACAAAUGAAGAAAACCCGGGAGUGGCUUGAAAAGAACAACAAGCGCAACAAGAUCAUCGAAAUGUUCGGUUACAACAAAAUCGGGGAAAAUUCAGCGCCGAACCAAAUUCCGAUGAUGACAGGAGAGAGCUACAUACCGGGGAUGAUGGAUCGAGCGAUCGGCCAUUAUUUCGACAAUAUCUCCAGCUAUAUAUGGCAAGAUUACUCGAAACAAAACUUCAAUACGCUAUUCUUCGAAGAGCAGUGGCCGACGGGUUUGUUCAUACAUCCGUCUCUCCGGGGUUUUUUGGAAGCACCGACUGAUUAUUGGCCUCGACCCAUAAUGCAAGCGGCUGAUCAAAUGCCUUCGAAGAGGCGCGGAAUUUGUUUCGGUCCGAUCUAUGCUUCGAAAAUCUAUCUCGACUACUUGAGGGACUUACUGCUUGUCUCCCGUAUGAGUGAUCCUUUAUUUUCAUACGCCUGGUUCUCGGAACUCUCCCACGACAUUUUAAUCGGAGCACGCCGACUCGAUGAGGACUUCAGGGCUUUCUUCGAAGAGCUCGACGCCCAUAAACUCCUUGACGAAACUGUGAUACUUUUCCUCUCCGACCACGGUUCCCGGCUGGAAGAAUGGCGUGGAACUGAAGUCGGUCGCUAUGAGGACAUGCUGCCCUUUUUCUAUGUGAUGCUGCCGAACGAAUUGUUGGAAAAGAGACCCGAAAUUGAAAACAACCUCUCGGUGAAUUCUCGACGUCUCGCGACAGUUUACGACAUUCACGCAACGCUCAAAGAGUUGACAGAGCCAGGCCACGACGGAGGGAAAAGCACAACGACCGAGAGGGGCUAUAGCUUGAUCUCGGAACGAAUCCCAGAGGAACGCACAUGUUUGCAGGCGGGAAUAAAUUUGCAGUUUUGCUCCUGCUUGAAGCCGACUCGCCUGCGGACGGAUUCUCGUCUCGCCAAAGAAUUCGCUACACUUGUGCUUGAUACGGCCAACAAGGAAAUCCUCGAGAACAAUGCAACCUCCGUCUGCGCCACGUGGUCCCUAAGCGACAUCUAUGACGUAUUCCAGCUGCAGGACCCACAGAACCAAUUCCAUGUGGUGAAAAUCCUCCUCUACGCGGAACCGGCCAAAGCCAUGUUCGAGGCCUCCGCGGUUUAUCGGGAUGGCAAACUGAGCUUAAACUCUCGAGUCGAGCGACUGGAUUGGUAUAGCUCGCAUGCGGGCUGCGUCGAGAAUAAGCCAUAUGCUCGCUAUUGUUUUUGUGAGGGAUAGGUGUCUCUGCAAAGUAUACGGCCAGGCCGGCCAGGAAUCGCCCAAGAAGGCCUCACACAGGAUUACGCUCGCUGACAGGGCAAGGGAGGGGUUUCGGGGUACAGGUACACACAUACCUUCCCGCGAGGAGCGUUCGAAUACUCCCUCAAUGGAACGAGACCCUAUCAGUGAACUGGCUUUCGCAGAGAGGCGUCUCCGUUUUGUCUGGAGCGGAUGAUGUGCAAGAUUCCCGCAUUGAACUCUGAAUACAGUAGAACCUCGAUCAAAUCAAGCUGGGACUGCCAAACGAGAAAUAUAAUUGAGGCUUCAAAAGAA